UCGUUACUGAUGACGUUUUUUCGCAUUGUGUUUUGAAGAAUAUUUUAAUGUGAAAAAGUGUGAUAUUUGCAAAAUGCAAACUCACACAACACGCAAGUAACACGCCAAGUGCCGCGUGUUCACAACCAACUCGAGGAAGACACCCCUGUCCAGCUGGCAGAGGUCACCAGAAGGCAGCAGCGAAAGUUGCGUUGCUGUCGUUUCCGCACUCGCAGCGCGUAGAGUGAAGGAGGGGGAGGAGCGGACAGUUGGUCGGAAGCGGAGAGAGGGCAAGGGCGAACAACAACCGGAGGCGGAGGAGGAACGGAAACUCACCCAUCGGAGGCGACCUUGGGAGUGGCAGCGGCCCAAUAUGCACAACAACUCCACGAAGACCAAGGAAAUGUUCAUCGUGCGUGCUCUAGAAAAGAUCCUUGCCGACAAGGACAUUCGGCGCUCUCACCACUCGCAGCUGAAAAAGUCCUGCGACUCGGCGCUGGAGCAGAUCAAGGCGGAGCUGAUCAGCGCCGGACAGAUCGCCGAGGGCAACGAGCUGCCCUGCGCCGCCCUCCCGCUGCCAAAGAACGAUGCCGCGAGCAUCAUCAAUGCGGAAACCUACUUUUUGCCCUUCGAGCUGGCAUGCAAGAGCCGCUCGCCACGAAUAGUGGUCACGGCCCUGGACUGUCUGCAGAAGCUUAUUGCCUAUGGCCACCUCACCGGUUCUAUCCAGGACUCGGCUAAUCCCGGUCACCUGCUCAUAGACCGCAUCGUGGUGACCAUUUAUGGGUGCUUUAGCGGGCCGCAGACCGAUGAGGGUGUCCAGCUGCAGAUCAUCAAGGCGCUGCUCACGGUGGUCACGUCGCAGCAUGUGGAGAUCCAUGAGACCACGCUACUCCAGGCGGUGCGCACUUGCUACGACAUCUACCUGUCCAGCAAGAAUCUGGUGAACCAGACGACGGCCCGUGCAACGCUUACCCAAAUGCUGAACGUUAUCUUUGCCCGCAUGGAGAACCAGGUUUACGAGCUGCCGCCCCCGCCCUCGCAUCAAAUGAACGGCAGCAUUCACUCCGAGGACUGGACCAAUGGUGGCGGAGAGGAGGCCUUAGGAGAUGCCGACGAGGUUAUUGCAUCCGAGAUACUUGCGGAAAUCAUAACAGCCGCUUAUAAUGAGGCCACGAAGGAUCAGGAAUCCGGCGGAGAUGCUGAGCCCAUUGUCAAUGGAAAUGACUCCUCCUCACAUUCUGAUCACGACAGCGUGGAACUGCACAGCGAGAACGAUGCGGUCGUAACGGCCAAGUUUACGCACAUUCUGCAAAAGGAUGCCUUUUUAGUGUUCCGUUCCUUGUGCAAGCUGUCGAUGAAACCGCUGCCGGAGGGUCAUCCGGAUCCGAAGUCACAUGAGCUGCGCUCAAAGGUGCUGUCGCUGCACCUAUUGCUGCUCAUUCUUCAGAAUGCCGGACCGGUCUUCCGCUCAAACGAGAUGUUUAUCAUGGCCAUCAAGCAGUAUCUGUGCGUGGCCUUGUCCAACAACGGCGUGAGUCUUGUGCCCGAGGUCUUUGAGCUGUCGCUGUCGAUUUUUGUGGCCCUGUUGUCCAACUUCAAGGUGCACCUAAAGCGCCAGAUCGAGGUCUUCUUCAAGGAGAUAUUCCUCAACAUCUUGGAGGCGAACUCCAGCAGCUUCGAGCACAAGUGGAUGGUGAUACAGGCGCUGACACGGAUCUGUGCCGAUGCCCAGUCGGUGGUGGAUAUCUAUGUGAAUUACGACUGCGACUUCUCUGCAGCAAAUCUUUUCGAGCGACUAGUCAACGAUCUGUCGAAGAUUGCCCAGGGGCGGCAGGCCCUCGAGCUGGGCGCCAAUCCCAUGCAGGAGAAAUCCAUGCGCAUUCGUGGCCUGGAGUGUCUGGUUUCCAUCCUUAAAUGCAUGGUGGAGUGGAGCAAGGACCUGUAUGUCAACCCCAACAUGCCUGCUCCCGCCUUACAAGUACAAUCGCCAACGGCCACCGAGCAGGAUCAGGCGGAUAUAACCAUCCAAACCGCGCACAGCGGUUCCAGCCACAGCCUCAACUCGAAUCAGGAGCAGCUUCAGGAUCUUCCCGAAGCGCUUGAGGAGCGCAAGAUGCGCAAGGAAGUCAUGGAAACGGGCAUAGAACUUUUCAAUCGCAAACCGAAGAAGGGCGUCCAGUUUCUGCAGGAAAAGCAGCUGCUGGGACCCAGCUGCCAGGACAUUGCCCACUGGCUGCACGAGGAUGAGCGAUUGGAUAAGACAGUUAUUGGCAAUUAUCUGGGCGAAAACGAUGACCACUCCAAGGCGGUAAUGUGCGCCUAUAUCGACGACUUCAACUUUCGGCAGUUAGAGAUAGUGGCCGCUCUAAGGAUUCUUCUCGAGGAGUUCCGGCUGCCGGGCGAGGCGCAGAAGAUUGAUCGGCUGAUGGAGAAGUUUGCCAGCAGGUACUGCGAGUGCAAUCCGCAAAACCAGCUCUUCCAGAGCGCCGACACGGUCUAUGUUCUGGCUUUCAGCAUCAUCAUGCUGACUACAGACCUUCAUUCGCCGCAGGUCAAGCACAAGAUGACCAAGGAGCAGUAUAUCAAAAUGAACCGCGGAAUCAGCGACAGCAAGGGGGAUCUGCCUGAGGAGUAUCUGUCCUCCAUCUACGACGAGAUUGCCGAGCACGAGAUCAAGAUGAAAAACAACUCGGGGAUGCUCCAACAGCCUAAACCUCUGGGCAAGCAAGCCUUCAUCACGGAAAAGCGUCGCAAGCUUCUAUGGAAUAUGGAAAUGGAGGUUAUUUCCCUGACGGCAACCAAUCUGAUGCAGUCUGUUUCUCAUGUCAAGUCGCCCUUCACCUCGGCGAAGCAUUUGGAGCACGUGCGUCCCAUGUUCAAGAUGGCCUGGACACCCUUCCUAGCCGCUUUUUCAGUGGGCCUACAGGACUGCGAUGAUCCGGAAAUUGCAUCCCUCUGUCUAGACGGAAUCCGUUGUGCCAUUCGGAUCGCCUGCAUCUUCCACAUGUCGCUCGAGCGGGACGCCUAUGUGCAGGCACUGGCGCGGUUCACUCUUUUGAAUGCGAACUCGCCCAUCAAUGAGAUGAAAGCUAAGAAUAUCGACACCAUCAAGACGCUAAUCAUGGUAGCCCACACAGAUGGCAACUACCUAGGCAGCAGCUGGUUGGAUAUCGUCAAGUGUAUCAGUCAGCUGGAGCUAGCCCAGCUAAUUGGAACCGGAGUACGGCCCCAGUAUCUUUCUGGGGCGCAAACCACGCUAAAGGACUCGUUAAAUCCAAGCGUGAAGGAGCACAUCGGCGAGACGAGUAGCCAGAGCGUGGUGGUGGCUGUCGAUCGCAUCUUCACCGGUUCCAUGCGAUUGGAUGGCGAUGCCAUCGUCGACUUUGUAAAGGCCCUUUGUCAGGUUUCGGUGGACGAACUGCAACAGCCGCAACCAAGGAUGUUCUCCCUGCAGAAGAUCGUCGAGAUUAGUUACUACAACAUGGAGCGUAUCCGUUUGCAAUGGUCACGCAUUUGGCAAGUGCUGGGAGAGCAUUUCAAUGCCGUUGGAUGCAACAGCAACGAGGAGAUCUCCUUCUUUGCCCUGGACUCACUGCGUCAGCUGUCGAUGAAGUUCAUGGAGAAGGGCGAGUUCAGUAACUUCCGUUUCCAAAAGGACUUUCUGCGUCCCUUCGAGCACAUCAUGAAGAAGAACGCAUCGCCGGCUAUUCGGGACAUGGUAGUGCGCUGCAUCGCCCAGAUGGUGAACUCGCAGGCGCAUAAUAUUCGCUCUGGCUGGAAGAAUAUCUUCAGCAUCUUCCACCUCGCCGCGGGAGACCAUGAGGAGCCGAUUGUGGAGCUUGCCUUUCAGACCACUGGCAAGAUCAUUGGGGACUUGUACCAGCGCCAGUUUGCCAUCAUGGUGGACUCGUUCCAAGAUGCUGUAAAGUGCCUGUCCGAGUUCGCCACCGCCCGCUUUCCGGAUACCAGCAUGGAGGCCAUCCGUUUAGUGCGUACCUGCGCCCAGUGUGUCCACGAGGCUCCUCAAUUGUUUGCUGAACAUGCUGGCAUGGAGAACGACGCCUCGGUGGCGGAGGAGGAUCGCGUGUGGGUGCGCGGCUGGUUCCCCAUGCUCUUCUCGCUCUCGUGCGUGGUCAAUCGUUGCAAGCUUGACGUUCGAACCCGAGCCCUGACGGUGCUCUUUGAGAUUGUGAAGACGUAUGGGGAGAGCUUCAAGCCCAACUGGUGGAAGGAUCUGUUUAACGUCAUCUUCCGCAUCUUCGACAACAUGAAGCUGCCGGAGCACGUGACCGAGAAGUCCGAGUGGAUGACGACCACCUGCAACCAUGCGUUAUACGCAAUCAUAGAUGUCUUCACGCAAUACUUUGACGUUCUCGGCCACUUGCUGCUGGAGGAGCUCUUCGCCCAGCUGCACUGGUGCGUUCAGCAGAGCAAUGAGCAGCUGGCACGAUCCGGCACCAACUGCUUGGAGAACUUGGUCAUCUCGAAUGGCUUUAAGUUCAACGAGUCCACCUGGGACAAGACCUGUCAGUGCAUCCUGGAUAUAUUCAACGCUACACUUCCCCAGGAGCUUCUGAGCUGGCGCCCAAAAGCACAUUCCAGUAACAAUCAACCACAGGAUCACAACCAGUUCGAGGCACUGCACAUCCGUUGUGUGGUGCAGCUGGAACUGAUUCAGACCAUGGAUAACAUUGUCUUCUUUCCGGCCACAUCCCGGAAGGAGGACGCCGAAACACUGGCCCAAGCAGCUGCGGACUUAACUGGGGGAAGGAACGGAUCGCAGGCACAGCUCCUGGAGUGUCAGCGCGAGGAGCAGGGAAUGUACGGUUACUUAAGGACUCGACAGCUGCUCACUCUGGCCGAUUGUUUGAUGCAGUCUCAUCGGUUUGCCAAACGCUUCAAUGCCGACCACGAUCAGCGAAGCCUUCUGUGGCGCGCAGGGUUCAAAGGUUCAGUGAAGCCGAAUCUACUAAAGCAGGAGACCUCGUCGCUGGCCUGCGUCCUGCGCAUAUUUUUCAAGAUGUACGGCGAUGAGAACCGACGCAGCGACUGGCCGGGCAUCGAGCAGGAGCUGGUUCAGGUGUGCAAGGAAGCGCUGGGCUACUAUCUGAGCCUGCAGAGCGAGGCCCACCGGGAUGCCUGGACAUCGCUACUGCUCCUCAUACUGACGCGACUGCUAAAGAUGUCCGAUGCUAGGUUUGCAACGCACGUGUCCAACUAUUACAGUUUGCUGUGUGAGAUGAUGUGCUUCGACCUCAAGCCCGAACUGAGAAGUGUCCUUAGGCGUGUGUUCAUGCGCAUCGGUCCAGUAUUUAAUAUAAUGAGCGUUAAAUAGUCACGGAGGAGCCUCCUCAGCCGUCUAGCUAAUUAACUCGGCCAUGUUAAUAGAACGAUAUCCUCCCCAUCCUUUCCCUCAAAUCAUAGUUUAUUGUGCACUAUUUUUGGUUCCAUCGGCUUUGUUGUUAUGUUGGCACCUAAUCAUAAGUAUAUUUUUAUUGUAUUUAAAAAAAAAGGAAAUACAUAAGGCAAUAUGUAACGUUUAUUAGGCUUAA